CUGUUAUUUGCCAUGUUAGUCUACAUUUUUCUCUUUUCCAUGAUUUUGUUAAAUUUAUCAUGCAUACUAUUUUACUGUCUGGACCAUAGUAGUUAAGCUUUGAUAGUGGCAUGGUGCAGCUGGGUGAACAAACCGCAAAGAUGCUAUGAUGGUAUAGCAGAUCAUAGAGUGGCACUGUACCCAAGAUUGUAGAUACCCUGUAAAUAAUCUCUGAUACACAUUAGUUCUUAAAACUCAACUACUUGUUAUCAAUACUAUAAAUCUGCACUACUAAAAACCUUGGCGCAUCUGCUCAUUUUGCUGCUAUUGGUUACCUUGGUCUGUAGAUGUCUGUCUACAUUUGUUGGUUAUGACGGCUUGUGUGUUAGGCCAUAAUAGGUUGUUUAUUCCAAGCUGGCAGUGUGUUUAAAGUAUUUAAUGAUGUUAAAAUCCUUUUUUAACUGUCAGAAUGUGUUUUGCUUGCACUACAAAUACAUUAGAGGUUAUCUUUUGGGCUGCAAUGCAGCACUACCUUUUAUAGUAAUUAUUAUACUCUUGAUGAAGUAUAAUUUUAUCAGAUUAUGUAAUGUUACCUUCAAGAAAAUGAGGCCUUCUAGAUUUCUCUAUUAUUUUUUUGGUUGUCAAUUUUUCUUGGUCUUGACUUGGCAAACUGAAUAUUUGCUAGGUUUAGGCUUUAGUUCUUGGCAUGUCUAUAUUUUGGCUUCCCUCUCUGAGCAUCUGUUUUUAAUAUUUUUCCAAUCUCAUCUAUUUUAUUUCUCUUGAUUUUGCAGCAAAUACUGGUUUUUCUAUUUUUUAACUUCUAUUUGUUUCUUGGUGCCUUAAAUGAACAAACAGAGGCUGAUAUGAGGCGUGAAAGUGAAAGGAAAGAACAUGAGAAGAAGAAAGCACAGAAGAUGGAAUUUAUCGCUGGGGGAACACAACCGGGAAUCGUAGCAGCAGGUGCUCCCAGAAUCAGCUUGCCUGUUGCAGGUGGUUCUGCUGUGGCUGCAAGUGGUUUGGUGCCACCUAUAGCUGACUCUAUUAAUCGGGAUGGUAGACAGAACAAAAAAUCAAAAUGGGAUAAGGUGGAUGGUGAUCGAAAAAAUCCUCUGCCCUCUGUGGGGCAGGAUUCUGUAUCUACUGUUGGGGCUCAUGCAGCAAUUCUAUCUGCUGUUAAUGCUGGCAGUGGGUACAUGCUAUUUGUUUUGGCAUUUGUUCAAUCAUAUAGAGGAGAGAGGAGGUGGGACUAGAAUAGAUGACAUAUGAAAGCUAACGAGAGAGAUCCACAAAACUAACAAGAGAUGACAACAUGCGAUUGAUACAGUGACGGUGUUUUUGUUGGGCAGGCAGCAAAAACGGCGAGAGGCAGAGGUGAAAAGAUCUACUGAAAAAAGGUCGGAGAUAAGAUCGUGAACCAUCCAUUUUACUAAGACUGUGUAUAACUAAAAGUUGUGGGGUGAACAUAUUUCAGCAUAACAUUUUUGUCUGUUAAUCAACUUUGGCAAUGAUCACUGGCACUGUAUAUUUUUUAGAAUGGAAGGAAUUUUUACUGAAGCAUGCUUUGAUGCCUUUUUAAAUUUUAAUCUAUGUAGCAAUGCAGUAAUUAAUUGGUUUAAUGCUUCCUAAUUUUAUUAGUUGACUACCUUUGUCAUCAGUUUACUCCAAUAGUUUUUUCAUAUUCGUCGUGAACUUUGUACUAGAUAUGUACUUGAAUCUAGGUUUGGGCUCACAUUUGGGGGUUAUGGUGGGUCACUGGUCUCUAUGCUGAAUGUAUUUGUAACUUGAGUAAAAUUUAGUUUGAAGUAACAAUGUAUU